UGGCUUCUAGUGCAAGCAGUGGUCGUGGUCCCCAAUGACCAAGUAAACUACUGCCUCCUACAGCUGUGCCCUUCUUGCAGCAGUGUGUGGAUGAGCAUGCAAUCCCAGCGCUGCUGACUUUGCUGAGAUCCAGCUCCAUGCUUUGCAAGAGGCCGCUCCUUCGGUCACCCUGGAGAGGAAGUAACUCACAUCGCAGAAGCAGCAACUGCUUGUUUUCGAGCUGUACGGGCACUGCCUAGUACACCCCGCUUGACAUAAAGAACUCUAAACAUAUAAUGGUUGUCUUGGGUGAUUGCAGCAUAUACGACGGGUUUAAGUAACAAGGAUCCAGUACGGGCUGUUGUCUGUAACCCUGUCUGAGCUAAUGCCUAGCUGGGGCACUUUGCAGCUGCAGUUACCCGGGAAGGAAGCGGAUUGAGACUCGUGGAUAGUAAGAACAGCGGCGUGACCAGAUCUCAAAAGCUGGAUUCGUGCAAAGGAACAUAAACCAGCGGCUCAGAUCGGUUGUGGAGGAAUUUGGAUUUACUGAAUUGUCUUGUUUUUGUGCUUUACUUGGGUUACUAAUUUCUGCUGCAGCAGGCACCAUAACUGAGCUGUCAGAUCUCACUCACUUGCAGGUUUGCAGUGAAGCAGGUCGCUGAGAGAAUGCCCAUCGUGACUGCUAGGAUUUUGGAGAACAACAUCUUAUUUCCGUUUUCUUUUGCAUUAGAUCACAAAAGCCUUUGAAAAACUGCAGUUUUCUUUUUAUCAUCUAACUAGAACAGUUUGAUUUUAACGUAUUUUUCUUUAUAAUGAGAGACACCCCGUAGCUCCUGUGAGUAGUUUCUUGGCAACAUUUUUAUUCUGUCUUUUGCCCCUGGAAAGACAACUGCAUUCUCACAGUUUUAAAAUAAGAUGUGCUAAAAUGAGGUAAAUAAGUACAGAAGCCCCAUUUCCCCUGCCCUUCUGUGGAGGACCGGAACUGCCAGGGGUAUUGGUAUGGGGCAAACCCUGACCGUGUUUGUACCAUUUUCUAGUAUGCCAGGGACUCGAACAUACUGUUGACUCCGUUGCACACUAAAUCUGGCAUCCUUUACUAAUUAUAACAACGCACUGGGCAACUUGCAGUUGUAAAUGUGUUGUCAUACUGCUGCGCUUGUAUGGUUUACAACUGUCACCGCAUUUCCACUACUGAUUUCUGCUACGGAGAUACAUUUUAUUUGCAGCAAUGAAAUUCUCCUAACCCAGUGGUUCUGCCCUCAACUAUCCUCACGCCUGUAUGUCAGCUUAAAAAACAUUUUAGGGGAACUGUAACCGUGUCCCCCGUAUGGGUUGCUGAGGGUAUUUAUAUUACAAUUUUUUUUGUUCAGUGGUUUAUGGAACUGUGAAUUUUUUUCUGUAUAGUACUGGUUGGAUCACAGUCCCCAAUUUGACAGCUGCCUCUAACGUAAAGUGAAUGCUGACUUCUUUAGAGCCUGAGGAUUACAGAGUGUGUAUGUGUGUGACAGCCCAGCUUCCCGCUACACUGAGUCAGUUUUUUGGAGUGUUCUUUCUAAAUAUAUAUUUCCGUGCAUUUGCUGAAUUCUUUUGAUUGUCUUGUGGGGAUUAUUUCGGUGCCUGAUCUCAAUAUGGCGGAUCUGGAGGCGGUGCUGGCAGAUGUCAGCUAUCUGAUGGCAAUGGAGAAAAGCAAAUCUACUCCAGCUGCCAGAGCCAGCAAGAAAAUCAUCUUACCUGAACCAAGUAUACGUAGUGUGAUGCAGAAGUACCUGGAGGAACGGGAUGAGUUGACAUUUGACAAGAUUUUCAACCAGAAAAUCGGUUUUUUACUCUUUAAAGAUUUCUGCUUAAAUGAUAUUGAGGAAGGAGUCUCCCAGCUAAACUUUUAUGAAGAGAUUAAAGAGUAUGAAAAGCUGGAUUCUGAGGAAGAUCGUAUUUGUAGAAGUCGACAAAUUUAUGACAAAUACAUAAUGAAAGAGCUGCUGUCCUGCUCACAUAUGUUCUCCAAGAAAGCUGUAGACCACGUCCAGACUCAUCUUGCCAAGAAACAAGUGCCACCCACACUUUUUCAGCCAUAUAUAGAAGAAAUUUGUGACAGUUUACGAGGGAAGAUAUUUGACAAAUAUAUAGAAAGUGACAAAUUUACUAGGUUUUGCCAAUGGAAGAAUGUAGAGUUAAACAUACAUCUAACUAUGAAUGACUUCAGUGUACAUAGAAUAAUUGGUAGAGGAGGAUUCGGAGAAGUGUACGGAUGUAGGAAAGCAGAUACUGGAAAAAUGUAUGCAAUGAAGUGUUUAGACAAGAAGAGAAUUAAAAUGAAGCAAGGAGAGACAUUAGCCCUAAAUGAAAGAAUUAUGCUGUCUCUCGUCAGUACUGGAGAUUGCCCUUUCAUAGUAUGUAUGACCUAUGCCUUUCAUACACCCGACAAACUGUGUUUCAUUCUGGAUCUUAUGAAUGGAGGAGAUUUGCACUACCACCUUUCACAACAUGGAGUAUUUUCUGAGAAGGAAAUGAGAUUUUAUGCUGCAGAAAUUAUCCUUGGUUUAGAACACAUGCACAAUCGAUUUGUCGUAUAUAGAGACUUGAAGCCAGCAAAUAUCCUAUUGGAUGAGCAUGGCCAUGUAAGGAUAUCAGACCUUGGUCUUGCCUGUGAUUUUUCAAAAAAGAAACCACAUGCUAGUGUUGGGACUCACGGGUACAUGGCUCCAGAAGUUCUACAGAAGGGGACAGCAUAUGACAGCAGUGCAGACUGGUUCUCUCUUGGUUGCAUGCUUUUCAAGUUACUCAGAGGUCACAGCCCUUUCAGGCAACACAAAACCAAAGACAAGCAUGAGAUUGAUCGUAUGACACUCACUAUGAAUGUGGAGUUGCCAGAUUCGUUUUCUUCAGAGCUGAAAGCUCUCUUGGAAGGCUUGCUGCAGAGAGAUGUCAGUAAAAGACUUGGCUGCCUCGGUCAGGGAGCACAGGAAGUAAAAGAACAUCCUUUUUUCAAAGGCAUCGAUUGGCAGCAAGUUUAUUUACAAAAGUACCCUCCACCACUCAUUCCUCCUCGGGGAGAGGUCAACGCUGCAGAUGCCUUUGAUAUUGGGUCUUUCGAUGAAGAGGACACUAAAGGCAUUAAGUUACUUGAUAGUGAUCAAGAAUUGUAUAAGAACUUUCCACUAGUAAUAUCAGAACGCUGGCAGCAAGAAGUCGCAGAAACUGUAUAUGAAGCAGUAAACCUAGACACAGAUAAAAUAGAGGCCAGGAAGAAAGCAAAGAACAAACUGCUUGGACACGAGGAAGAUUAUGCAAUGGGCAAAGACUGCAUAAUGCAUGGCUACAUGCAGAAACUGGGGAAUCCUUUCCUGACUCAGUGGCAACGCCGUUACUUCUACCUCUUUCCAAACAGACUUGAAUGGCGAGGCGAGGGAGAAUCUCGGCAGAGCUUGCUGACAAUGGAACAGAUUAUGUCAGUAGAAGAGACUCAGAUCAAGGAUAAAAAAUGUAUACUUCUUCGGAUAAAGGGAGGAAAACAGUUUGUCCUACAGUGUGAGAGUGAUCCAGAGUUUGUACAAUGGAAGAAAGAGCUAACAGAAGCCUUCACUGAGGCACAGAGAUUGCUGCUUCGAGCCCCAAAGUUCCUCAACAAACCACGAUCUGCAGUUGUAGAGGUAUCAAAACCACCACUGAACCACAGGAAUAGUAAUGGCCUUUAGACAGGGGAAUGGCAAUGAAAGGCACACAGUUUUUAAACUACUCCUAUAGCACAUAUGUGGUCUGCAGCACUGAUAUAAUUUAACUGUAUAAUUCCUAAAACAUGUGGGCAUAUGUGUGAAGCAUAUCAGAAGAACUGGGUGAUUGUGCUCUUUCAGAUGAAUAAACUCUGAGCAUUGCAUCUGAAGUACAGUGACUGUUUGCUGCUUGGCAUGAUCAGAAGGCUACCCUCGCCAAAAGGAGUAGAAAAGAUUGCCAAAUUAAGACUGUUUAUCAUUGCCGUGCAUCAUCGCACCCUGGUGGUGCUGGAAAUGGUUCGUAUCAGAAUGCUACUGGAUGAAGGAAAACGUUACAUUCGGUACUGCGUACACACUGAAUUAAAACUGUAAUGAUUGCUAGGUAACUGUUUAUCAUUUAAGUGUCUGGGAAGUUGACAUUUUUCUGAAGCUUGUGUUGCAGACGUAUGGAAUGUCAGAAUAUUUAAUCUGAAGGAAGUGUUCACCUUGAGAACUAGCAGUCUUGUGACUGUAUAGUAACAUUAUAUAUAUAAAUAUACAUAUUUGUGUAUAUGCUGUCUCUUUGCCUGGAGAUUGUCAGUGCAGGUUUUUUUUCAUUGCACUUCAGUUUGUGGAGUUAACACUUUACUGUGGUAGACAGCUGCAAAUACACAGCAAGAGAAUGGCAAACCAAGGUUGUUUACUUAUUUCCUCUUGUCACUGGUCCUGACUAGGAUUCUGUCAUUAUCCAAUUUCUUAACUGACACAAAAAUGGCACAUUGUUUUUGUCUAUUACUGUACAGUCUCACCUAGCUUAUAUGAAAAAUAACUAACAGAGCUCACUUGCAUUGUUAACAAUCUGUUCAGAGAAAAGUGUUUUCAAGAUUUUACAUGUAAUGCAUGUAUUACUACUAUAUGGCCUUUAAGUACAUAGAGUCCAUCUGCAGAUACUACUUUUGUUAUUGUUCUAUUGGUCUGAUUUUUUGUCUUGCAUCUUUUUUUUUCACCAACUGCAGAAUGCUAAAUAAUUGACAUUUGUCGGCCUUCCACAUUGAACUUAGCUUGUGGUCAUACAGUAAUGAUCACACCUACACAUGAAAUCAUUAAAACUGACAUGAUGUUAUAUUAUCUUUGGAUAAUGUAUUCCUAUUGUACUGCAUAACACAUUGUAUGGAAUUGCAGGGAAACCAAAUCUGUUUUUUUUUUCCAGUAGCACACCAAAUUACAGAACUGACUCCCCAGGAUGAAGCAGUUUUAUGUUGAGAUGUUUGUGGUUUGUGCAUUUGUGUUUUUCUUUGUCUGUGUUAAUCACCUUUGUCCAGUGGCUGACAUGUACUAAUUUGGAGGAUGUUUUGUUAAUUGUUCAAAAGAUCCCCUUUCCAAAUUAUUCACUUAAGUGACAUAUUGCAGCAUAACCGGUGCAUCAAAAACAGUGACUGUUUUUAUCUUGUCUGCUGUGCUUGUCGUACUGUACCCUAAAAUCUACAGGGUUAUCAUAACAUUUUUUGACAUACGUUAUGUGACUUGUACUUGGCAGCCAGACUUGAGUAUCUAAACGUUGGUGAUAUCAAUUCUUUCUUUUCAAAAUGAAUCUGAACCAGAGAAUUCAGAAACUGAUUUAUUCUGUGUGAAGUACCAUUGCCCUCUAGAAUUAUUACUAAUUUUAAGUGGUUAUAUUUAAUAUAAUCCUGUGCAGUUGUUUAUAUUACUGAAAUUGCUAGAAGCAAGUGUAACUAGUCAUUUAUAACAGGAAAUUUGUCACAAGUUUUGCCAGAAAUAAUUUUCUCAACACUAGCCAGUUGCUUCUCCUCAGAUAUGCAUAGUGAUGUGAAAUUGUAUAAUAAUGUUGCAAACAAACUGUAAAACUUUAUCUUGCAAUGUAAACUAAGAUCACACCUAGAAGAAUUUUUUAAAAAUGUGGGUGUCAUAAUGACAGCUCAGAGUGGCAUACCAUGUUUAGAUUAUUGACUUCAUAGGCUUCACUCCAGUCUGUGCAUUUACACAUAUGUACACUAACUAGAUUUCACUUCUAGGAUUCCCAGUAGGGUCUUGACAAAUAUCACCAUUUGUAGUAAUGCUGAAUGAAUGGCCAAAAGCCGUAUUGCUUGUGACAGCAAUACUGUGCAUCCCUAUCCUGAAAGUACACCUCUGAAUAUUAUAAAAGCACUAUAAAAUCAAGACAAGAUUUCUAAAGUUGUCUUCCAAAGAUACACUGUGUAAUAAAUCAUUCAAAACCGUAGUUGUUUGCAGAAAUACAUUUCAUCCAUUUUUGUCCUGAACUCUUGUAAAUGUUUGAUGAUACUGUAGUUCAGUUGUUGCUGCCAUAGCAUAUAUUUUGGGUUAUGCCUUGAUAAAAUGUAACGCAUAUGAAUUAAUGCUGCAUAAAGAUAUGAUCGGAACUCAUUCACUAAAUCCUUCUGAAAUUGCCACAUAGGAAUCUAUCUCUGGCCAUUUUAUUUCUCCAGUCAUUUGUAUAUAUAGUAAUCAUUCAUCUUCAUUAUAGCUGGCAGAUUAUAUAUAGGAGGUUUGUUUAUAUCUUUCUUCACAUUUUUGUAUUUUGCUAGCAUCUUUUUGGUCAAGUCCUUUAUACUUUUUGAUGAAUGCUUCAGAACAUGACUCAAUCUUACUUUUAUGCUAUGCAAAAGAGCUUUAAUAAGGAUGAACUAUGCCUAUAGCUAGGGAUCCAGUAAUUUGACUAGAGUAUACUAUUAAAGACAUUUCCUUGUACAUUUGUGAGCCAUGUUUUGAACUAUAAUUCUUUUAUGAGUAAAUGUGCAUAUCUUCUAUGAUGCUAUGCUAUAAGGAAGUUUGGAAAAUGCCUUUGAUCUCACUUUACCAAAGUGUUUUUGUUUGGGUCCUAAAUGUAUCGUCUUUGUAAAUGUUUUACUUCUCUCGUGUUUGGCAUCCGUUGAUAGAGUAAUUACAUUAAAGCCUUUUUAAGCUGAAUGUUUCAGAAGGCAACCCAUUUCCACAGAAUGGUGAGCAUGCUGAGAGGCAGAAAAGUCUAUCUUGUUUCCAAAUGUAUUAUAAAAGAAUCAUGAGCUAGCAUGCUCAAAUAUCACCUUUCUGUUUCAGGAGAAAUGUAUGUAUCUGCCAUGAUACCGUGAUAAAGAGAAGUUUGCAACUGUCUUUUUAUUCACUCAGUCAUUCAACCAGUCUAAUGAAAGCAUUGCAGCCUAUCUUAGUUGCAAGAUUGCCUUUGCAGCCUGAUGUUCUAAUUCAGAUGCACCUGGUUAUCUAGUUUAUAACAUUCUAGUGUUAAAAUACCCAUCCAGUACUGUGAUUUUAUGUUAUUUCCAGAGGAACUGAUGUAGUCUCUGGAAUUGAAAUAGAUGAUCCAGGUUUCAUUGAAAACACUUUUUAAUUUAAUUAAUUUGUGAAGUGAGACAGCAUUCACACUACAAGGAAGCUUAUUUUCAGUUUUUGAACUGAUUGGUUUAAUUAACUCAGUACUAGUUUCUUAAUUGCACUAGUGAGUUACCUCUUUUAUGAAUUUGCACCUAGCUAGAACCCACCAUAGCAUAAUUUAUUUUUGAGGUGUUCUAGGACAAUUCCAGAAGCUGAGUGACUUGCCUUCGAUCAAACCAUUGCAUGGGUAGAGGAUGGUGAAUGAAGUACAUUUAUGUUCCCUGCACUUAUCUGCAGAAUGUCCUUAUUACUUGAGUAGAAAAUUAUGUUUCAUGGUCCUCAGUUAUAUUCAGAAUUAUUUGUGUAUAUAUCUCUUUCCUUUGAUGUGUUAUUUACAGUGAACAAUAGCUCUAUUUGCAUUUCAGUAUCUCUAAUGCUAAGUUUGCUGUUAUGCUAGUAACUAAAAUAUUUGAUGAGUUGAACUAAAGUGCAUUUCAUUGACUUAUUUUGUAAAGUGCUUCAUUUCAAAUUUUAAUGUUAAUUAAGCACAUGAUAAGAAGUUUCUCUUUAUCCCACUGUUGUGUGUUCUGACACUGACAAUAAUAGAGGUGCUGGUGUGAGGGGGUUGAAGAUAACUGUCCAUUCAAACUGAUUAAGUUAUGUUUGAUACCAGAUGUUCACUGUAUUUCAUUACAGCACAUUCACAUUGCAUUUCUGUAGUGUGUUUUUUGUCAUUUUUCUUUGAUAUAUCUGGUAUGAGUAUCUUUAGAGGGUUUAUUAUCACAAUCUUGAGUAACACAAUCUUGACAAUCAAAAUUGCAGGACGACAGUAUCAGAAGACCAAAAUGCAGAAAACCACAAUAUCGAAGUCCUGGACUUUCACUCCUACAGGACCCAUGUUAGCACUUGUUUCUGGGUCCACAUCCCUGCAAGAUCCAUAUUAGCAUGUGAUCCUGCGUUUACAGUCAUGCAGGACCAUUGGUAGCAUCGGCACUCAUUCAUGGGUUCACAGUGGUAAGUGGAUCUGGUAUUCAAGAGUUUUUGACAUUGUGGUCUUCAGCAUUUUGGUCCUUUGAUAUUAUGGUCUUGGGAUUUUGAGUUUCAAGAUUGUGUGGUGCAGGAUUGUGUUUGUAAACCCCUUUAGAGAUGUGGUGUAUGGAUGGAGGUGGACCCUGCAACAUGCUUUUUCCCUCCCAGUUUUCAAUCACUUGGGAUUUUUAUGCAGUAUUUCGGUAUUAAGGUUUUCAGCAAAUCUUUGUUUCAUUAAACUCAUAUAAACUCUAUUUAUUGUAUUGUAGAUUUCAUGGUAUAGCAGAACAAUUCACUGAAUUCCAUUUUCAUUGAAAACAUACAUUUUUGAAACUGUCUCCUUUCUCCAAUGUUACUGCAUCCCUGGGUUUGUUUUAUUUAAGUAACAUAGGUUCAUAUCAGAUUGCUAGGUUAGCGGCUUAAGAAGCCUAGUUUCUAUAACCUGAUUUUAUCCAAUAUAUGGCCUCUAGGGGCAAAAUGAUGGCAUGCGUUUGUCCCUAUGCAUUGAGUAUCUUACAGAUUGCCCCUGUCCAUAACAGACAUAGACACUACCCUGGAUGUGAAUUUGAGAUUCCCCAUCCAUUGAUCCAAAUUUAAUUUGGAGAGGGCCAAGGAAGACCUCUGCUUAAUGUGAAUAGGAAGCCUUUUCCAAAGAAGGGGCAAUCUCUGAGACAUAUGUUUGUUUCUCCAGCAUGUUUUGUGUGAGUCACUAAGUUUAGAUUCCUAGAUUGGUGGACCCUCAUGUUGUUUGACUUGUGGAUAUGUAGCAGCUUCAUCAGGGCUGGAUUUGUGAGUGGCUUGUAGGCCAGGUAUGGAUCACCCCUUAAUAGUCAGUAGAAGACAGUGGAAAGGGAUAGGGUUUUUAAUCUAUCUGCAUAGGACAUCUUGUUUGCACCCUGUAUUUUUGAGUGGAAUAAUUAUAAAUGUAUCUACUGUGCUGAUCUAGAUGGUGUCUUUUAGCUUUAUAGUUAAUUACUAAGCUAAUGAGCCUGGGUCAUUUUUAAGUCUAGCCAUGCUUUCCAAGGUGAGAAUCAAAACCCUGUACCUGGUGUCUGUAAGGUAAACACCUUAACCAUUAUGUUAGCCCCCAACCCAAAUUGGAGGACGAGGUUGAAGUUCCCAAUAUGUGGGAGUGUAGUCCCACUGCAAACAUACAGUAUGCUUGCAUUUUAUUGUUUUUAGGUGGCAAUUUUAGUGAGCCCUACUUUCAGUGAAAACAGAAUUUGAUGAGUUGAUAUAAAUCCUUAAAUUGUAAGUUAUAAAGUUUCAGAUCAAACUCUUAAUCAUAUAAUCAUAAAGUGACUGUAAACAGUUAUUGAGUUGAUAUACUUAAGAAGUCUUUUUAGCAAUAUAGUCUAUUUAUGUUACUAGGAAUAAUCCAUUAAACAUUUUAAUGGAAAAAAAUAUGAAAUUAGGCCCAAUGGUUACUACAAAAGCUAAAUACUCAAACAUAAUUUCUAGCUGUCAUAAAAAAGUAGCAAUAUGUGUAUAAUGUUGAUGAAUGAAAUGCAGUUGUUAACCAAACAAACUUUUUUGUUUUUGUUACAUUUUUAACACAUAGGAACCCAAAGGUCAGCAUUAUAACAUUGUUACAUUGUAACAUUAGCAGUGUAGUGGUAUAUGAAAAGCAUGACUUCUUCUUCUUUUGGCUUUUCCCGGUUAGGGGUUGCCACAGCAGAUCACCUCUGUGCUCAUGAUUGG